GGGACUUGGCUAGCAGGAAAGACGAACUUGAGAAAGCCCUCAGACUUUGCUAUGACUCUCACUGAGAUUAUCUUUAUCUUGACCGGGACUUGCGCUGUCCUGUUUUGUGGAGGAAAACUAGUAUGCCUAUUUAUGAUACUCACACCGAAGCUCUGCUAUCCUCUUCCUGACUCUUUUUUCACCUCUCUGGGGAAAUGGGCAGUCGUCACUGGAGGUUCAGAUGGAAUAGGCAGAGCAUACGCACAAGAGUUUUGAAAACAUGGCAUGAAAGUGGUCAUAAUCAGCAGAAAUCAAGAGAAGCUUGACAGGGCAGCCAAGAAGAUUGAGCUCAAUACAGGAGGGGAAGUCAAAGUUAUAGUUGCUGACUUCACCAAAGAUGAUUUAUAUGGAAACAUUAAGGAAAACAUUGAGGGUUUGGAUAUUGGUAUUUUAGUGAACAAUGUUGGGAUUCUGCCCAAUCAAAUACCCUGCAAGCUGCUUGAAACAGCCGAUUUGGAAGAGAGAACACAUGCUGUUAUCAACUGUAAUGUGAAAGCCAUGGUUAAGAUGUGCAGAAUUGUGCUUCCAGGAAUGCAGGAAAGAAGAAGGGGAGUCAAUCUGAAUGUGUCCUCUGGUAUAGCCAAAAUACCUUGUCCCAUUUAUACCUUGUAUGCAGCAUCAAAGGUUUUUGUCGAAAGAUUUUCAGAGGGUCUUCAAGCUGAAUAUAAAUCCAAGGGAAUAAUCAUUCAGACAGUGGCUCCGUUUGGGGUUUCGACAUCAAUGACAGGAUACCAGAAGCCAGACAUGGUCACAUUCACAACUGAGGAAUUUGUGAGGAUCUCACUAAUGUAUCUGAAGGCUGGUGAUCAAACAUAUGGCAGUGCCACUCAUACCAUACUGGGUUGGAUUGUGCAGGGCAUUCCCACAUGGAUCCUACAGAGUGAAGCAUUUCAGCAACACUUGAAGGAAUAUGUGAAGGAGAGGAUCGGAAGCUGAGAUUUCAUUCUCUCAUGUAUAUAUUUGCAAGGCUUAAACAUACCUACAUUUGUGUAUUAAUGAUCGUGUUGGUUUGCACUAAAACAAUUGUGUUCAUGGUCCUUCAAAAUACACAUUAUAAGAGUUGAUAAUGGAAUGUUAUUAUCAUUAAUAAGGUUGUCUCAUAAUCAUAAUCAGUAGACAGGAGAGAUACUGGGAGAGACCUUGAUAAAAUUAAACAGAUUGUCUCCCAAAGG